UCCGGAAGUGCCCGAUGCUUUGGAGAAAGACAAAGGAGGCUAGGUAAUCGUAUUCAGCAAACACAUUUUGAAAGUACUACAUCAGCGAACAUGUCGGCUAACAAGUUAAGUUAUUUGGAUAUGACAAUUUCCCAACUGAAAGAUGAAUUGAGGAAGCGCAACGCUAGACUGUCUGGCAGAAAACGAGAGUUGAUCACAAGAUUGGAGUUUUUAGACAACUGCCAAUCUGCUGGGGCACAGGUAGAGCCAGAGUCUGAAUUUAGCAUGACACUACCACCAAGCAGCUCAUACAAGGACCUUCAUGGUGGGAUGACCCAAAAUAUACCAAAUGUCACUGUUGCCAGACUUAAAGAGUAUCUGGACCAGUUCAGCAAAAAUCUGGAUGAAAAGAUCAAAGAUUUGUACAAGGAGAGGUUCUUGAGGUGUCUUCGAGUUGCACAUGAUGAGCAGAUGCUGUUUGUGUCCUCGACAGUCUGGGCCGAGAUGAGGAAGUCAACUUCCUACAAGGUGGAUGUAUCCCUCAACUCAGACGGAGUUAUCCAAGAGGCUCAGUGCGAGUGUGGGGCGGGACAAGGACCUGCUGCUCACUGCAAGCAUGUUGCUACUGUGGUGUUUGCCCUGACCAACUUCUGCCAGACCGGAGAAAUAUUGACAGAACUCACUUGCACUCAGGUGCUACAAACAUUUCACAAAUCAAAAGUAUUCAAAGGAAGUCCCUUGAAGUCGUCUCAACUGCAGGCAAUUAGAAGUACUAGCAAGGAACCAGCACAACUGGUGUAUGACCCAAGGCCCGUACAUCUACGGAACAGAAUUGAAAGUAGGAGCAUUUUUCGAAAUGCUUGCCUCAACUUGACAACUGAGCCUGAGAUUAGCGAGAUUACUGCACAACAGGCAGAUGAUGUGGAGAGGUUAACUAGGGGCCAGGGCCAGAGUAAAGCAUGGAGAGAGACACGGCUGCUCCACAUCACAUCUUCAAAUUUUGGCACCAUCUGCAAAGCAACAGAUAGGAGGAAUAUGGAGAGUUUGGCCAAUUCAUUGGUGACGAACAGAGACUUAAAAACACAGGCCAUAUUACAUGGGCGGAAAUAUGAACAGGUGGCUGUUGAAAAGUUUGAAUUGAAAUGGGGCAUGAAAACCGAACAGUGUGGAUUAUUUAUAUGUAAAACCCACCCGCACCUGGCUGCUUCUCCAGACAGAAUGGUAGAUGACAGCACCUUGCUUGAAAUCAAAUGUCCGUACACAUGUAGGAAUAAACAUAUUUCACCCCUCACUGUCCCCUAUUUAAAAGAACAUGGUGGUAGACUAAAAUUGGAUGCAAACCAUGAUUAUUACUAUCAGAUUCAGGGACAGUUAUUGUGUACCAACAGAAAAGUUUGCUUGUUUGUGGUAUAUACCUUUUUUUUGGAUAUUGUGUUGGUACGGGUGGAGAGAGAUGACGAAUUCAUCAGAAUGAUGUUGAAGAAACUCCACACUUUUUACACUGUACAUUUCCAAACUACAUUAAUAAAAAAAUUCAUGUACAGAAACUAUUACCAUUAUACAUUUGAUUAAAUUCAUGACACCUCUGUGUAUGCAUUAUACAUAAUCUGCACUACAUUUCUAUAUACUCAACGUUUCUGACACCCUAUAGCCCAUAUGUAUUUUUGUGCUGGGGUGUAUUAAACAUUGAUUCAUUCAUUCUGGUGUACAUUGUAUUUUAUCACUAAAAUUUGGAUUGAGUUAACCAUGAAAUUUAUUUUGUCCAUAGUUCCAUAUGUAAAUAAUUUACUAAUGAAGUUUCAUUGUUCAAACUGUCAACAUGGAACACUUGUUUUGAAAGAAUGUUUAAGCAUCUUGUGAAACGAUGUUACUUCUAAAAUUACACAAAUAAAAGCACACCUGAAUAAUUUGUGUGGCCAUUGCUGAUUCCGUGUUAUUCAUGGGCUGUUGCAAUAUUUUAUAUGUUUUGCAGAGGCCAAUGAUUCGCUCAAUGUGAACACGCUUGCUGGCUAUUUUUCUGUCUUUUAUAACUGUACCCCCUGACAGUCUAUUUUUUUUAUGGAAAAAAGUUGGUAUAUUUAUUGUAACCAUAGCCCCUUCAAACAAAUCUUGUACAUUAAAACCUUUAUCAGCCAUGAUGCUGUCUCCAGGAUCACACAUUUGGGGCAGCGCUGAUCUUUCACAUAUCUGCCUAUCACUGACUGAUCCCCCAUAUGCUGGUGAUACAUAGCUGGUGAGUCCACCAGGAGACAUCCCCACUAACACUUUAACAGUAUUACGGUUUUUGUAUGUAGAGAAAGUAGCCUGCUGCACCACUGGUUCCUUUGGCUUUUUAAUUGGGCACUCUGUUCCAUCUAUAAUAAUUCUAGUUGAAGGAAAUUUUUGUUUAAAAUCUGUGGGGGAAUGAAAGUGUACCAUGUCACCUGAUGGCCACCAGUCUAAUUCUCCCCACUGGCAUGCCAUGAAGUUCACCCACGUUACAAAAAUAUUGGUAACAGAAUCUUCUCGAAUGUUGAACAAUCUACUUAACUCAAAGUUAGUUUUGUGUUGCCGAAGUUUAAGUAAAGUUAGAAAAAACUGAUCCUCUACACAUAGGGAUGGCAUGACUGAAUGAAAAUAGUUCAGUUCGUGAACAGCUGGACCCAGUGUAUUUAAAACGAGACAAAAUUUCUUAUAAUUUUCCAGGCCGGUAUAAAAAUGUAUUGCCUUUGAAUCUUCUGAAAACCGACUUGCUGCAAAGAAUGAAACGGGUUCACUCUGUGUCCCUGUUGUUUCUGUGGUGAUUCUGUGGGUCUGUGAAGAGACAUCCUGUGGGGUUCCAUCUGCAUUUAAAAAAAAAACAAUAACUAAAUUUUCCUUCAAUUUUUACUAAUAAAUUUGGAUAGUCUGGCAACUUUGAUGAAAAUGUUUUUUGGUUAUGUUAAAGUAAAUGUCAACAUUAAAUAACUUUCAAGGCAGAACUAAAAUUAUGACUGCAGAUGACUUGUGUAUGGUAGUAAAGUUAUCUGAUUUAUUAAAUAUUAUUUUGAUAAAUAGCCAAUACCUUUAGAAGUAACAUUACAUUGCUCUUUUUUAUAUUUACAUAUCAAAGAGUAUCAAACUAAAGUAAGUGGUUUUAUGCCUGAAAUGUAUAACUAAAAUUUUGCUUAACUUGGAUACUAACACUCAAAUAUCUUGUGUGAUAACAAAUAUGCUUCCUGUACCUGCAACAUGGCUUUCUUCUGAAGUGACAGUCUCUUCAGCUCCAAAUUCGUUCCAUGCAAUGUCUCGCUGUUUAUCACAUUCCACUUCCAAUCGUAAUCGCUUCUUGCACCUUUCAUUUCUCUGUACAUUUGCUGGUGAUUGUUGCUUGGUCCAGGAAAAUAAGUGGGGCACAGCAGUUUUCUUCAGCCUCUUUUGUAGUGGUCCAGUCCCUAAAAAAACAACUUUAAAAUUAGUGGUGUUCCAAUGAUCAAAUACAAAUCAGAAAUUAACUUGUUGGGAUUUGGUGAUGUCAUAAUAUAUACUGAUGGAAAUAAAUAAAGGAUCACACAGAUACAAUACAGGGUAGCAACAAGAAAUAAUGACUGCAUCAAAAAUCAAUUUAUAUUGUAAGAAGUUGGAUGGAAACAUUGUGGUAUAUCCACUUUUCUUAUUACUAUUAUUUAUUAAGUGUUAAAUGUUAGGAAGUGGAUUUAGGUAUAAAUUUGGUUCACAUUUAAAUGUUUUAUGUAGAUGUAUAUCGAACAAUUUGUAUUUUUCGUAUGUUUUAUGUACAUGUAUUUUUCCAGCCAAUCAUUGUUAGUUUUGGCAUAAAUUAAUAAAUUGAUUGAUGAAUC